AUGGCUCUUGCUGCGACAGGCUCUGUAGAUCUAGCGGAAAGAGUCUCUUCUGCCACGGGCAAGGAAUUGAAAUUAGCUGGCAUCAAUUGGGCUUUUAGUCCGGUAGCGGAUGUGAAUUCCGACCCUCGUAAUCCUGUCAUAGGCGUUCGCUCGUUCGGAGACAACCCGAAUGAGGUCGCUCGGUAUGUUCAAGCAGUAACCCGAGGGCUCACAGCUGCAGGUGUUGCGCCGUCCGCGAAGCAUUUUCCGGGGCACGGGAACACGCAUAUCGAUUCGCAUCUGGGACUUCCCCGUAUUCUUUCCACGUCUGAGUCUCUCGCAGCUACCGAACUUCCCCCGUUUCAUGCAGUCAUUUCCCCCACAGGCGGCGACAGUUCCAUUGCGAGCAUCAUGACCGGCCACAUGGCCCUUCCCAACGUGACUGGAGAUGAGACCCCUUGCUCGCUCUCGCGUGCGAUCACAACGGGGCUCCUCCGAGAAAAGUUGGGGUAUGAUGGAGUGGUCGUGACGGAUUGUUUGGAAAUGGAGGCAGUAAGCGCAAUGGACGGAGGUGUGCCAGAGGGCGCAGUUCGUGCCUUGGAAGCUGGCGCGGACAUCGUCAUGGUAUGCCAUCGAUUUGAUAGGCACCUCGGCGCGCUGAAAGCCACGUACGAGGCGGUGAAACAGGGUCGGUUGGACAUGGAUGCCUUGCGGGCCAGCGGGGAGAGAAUUGCACGAAUGAAAGAUAGCUUCGCAGGCAGCUGGGACAGCGUACUCGCAGCUCAAUCUCGGGAACUCAGCUCAGAUACGUUGAUGUUCAUGAAGAAGGAACAUGCGGAACUGAGCAAGGAGGCAUACGCGCGUUCUGUGGCGCUGUUUAGACCCCUCAAUCCCGGCCAGACCGUGCUCCCGCUACGUCGCACCGGACAUGUAGUGCUCUUGACCCCCCGAAUGGAAAGCAUCAAUCUCGCGGUCGAUGAUUCGGAAGGCACGCCUCGCGUUCUCUCAGUGAAAGACGGCCAGGGAUGCGUGCGGUCUCUGGUACGCAACACGGCAGGCCCUUCAUACGAAGCGCUUUCUGCAGCCAUGGCGCUCAGGGUUCAAGUAUACCACAUUGUUUAUGCACCUGAAGACGGCUGGGAUACAGGGAGCCUGGAGCGGGUUGUUGGCGCCGAAGCGGUUGUGUUUGCUGUCAGAAAUGGGUUGGACAAGGGUCAGUGGCAGAUCAAAUAUCUCCAGGACCUACUUCGUACCGCAAGCACGGACAGUGGAGGGCCGAAGCUCGAGGACAAGCUGGUGCUGAUCUCGACCUGCGGCCCGUACGACCUCCUUGAUCUGGGGAGAGUAUUACGAGAGGACCUGUGCAAUGUUCCCUCUCUAGCGACCUUCGAGUUCACUGUGCCUGCGAUGCAUGCGCUCACCGCAGUCUUAUUUGAGGAAGCAAGUCCUUCUGGGAAGAUUCCUGUUUCACGAGUCUCGCGCAGUGAGUAA